AUGACAACGCCCAACCAUACCCUCACGCUGAACAACGGCAAACUCAUGCCUCUAGUGGGCCACGGACUCCGGAAAAUUCCCAAUGAGAAAGUCGCAGAUCGCGUCUACAACGCAAUCAAAGCCGGCUACUGUCUCUUCGACUCAGCAUGUGAUUAUGGCAACGAGGUCGAAUCUGGGCAAGGCAUUGCCCGAGCGCUGAAAGAGGGACUCGUGGAGCGAGAAGACCUCUUUAUCGUCUCAAAGCUGUGGAAUACAUUUCAUGAGCGAGAGCGCGUUAAGCCGAUUUGCAAGAAACAGCUAGAGGACUUCGGAUUGGAGUAUUUUGACUUGUAUCUUAUGCACUUCCGUAAACCUUUACCCACAGCACCCAUCGCCCUCCGCUACGUCGAGCCCUCGAUGCGCUACCCUCCCGCCUGGUUCCACGACGGCGUAACCCCAACGGACAUUCAACUUUCCAGCGCCACGAUCCGUGAGACCUGGAAAGCGAUGGGAAGGCUCGUCGAUCUCGGACUCUGCCGCUCUCUCGGCCUCUCGAACCUCAACUGCGCCUCGAUGCUCGACCUCCUCCGGUACGCGCGCAUCCGCCCCGCCACUCUGCAGUUAGAGCACCAUCCGUACCUCGUGCAGCGGCCACUCGUUGCCUUUGCGCGGGGCGAAGGCAUCGCCGUCACGGCGUACUCCAGCUUCGGGCCUCAGGGAUACGUGGAGAUGGACCUCGCGGCUGCGGUUGAAACACCACACUUAUUCCAGCAUCCGGUUGUGAAGGCCGUGGCGGAGGCGCAUGGCAAGAGUGCGCCGCAGGUGCUGUUGAGGUGGGCGACACAGAGGGGGGUGGCGGUUGUUCCGAAGAGUGACACGUGGGAGAUGUUGGUGGAGAAUUUGCAUGCGGGAGGUUUUGAGUUGUCGGAGGGUGAGAUGGGGAGGAUCUCCGGGUUGGAUCGGAGGUUGAGACUUAAUGAUCCGUUGGUCUUGCUUAAUCGUGCGUAUGUGAUGGCCAGUCUGUACCUCGGUCUCGCCCUACCGUUUCUUAAAGCUCAUGAUAACAACGAGGACAUCCUUCCAAUCGGCAGUGUCAAUGCUAUCUCACCUACGAAUUACGGCAACGCGAGCGGCGAAAUCCAUCCCUCAGGCUACUCGAGCUCCAGGUCACGAUCUCUCACUCUACUCACUCUCAAUCUCGAGCGCCUGAUCUCCAGUAGUCCGACCUCUGAUCUAGCAGCGAGCGUUGGUCUUCCGUGGCUAGCGAGCUGCACGAUCUAA